CUGGUGAAUGGUGGUAGUCGCUGUGCUGGGAGAGUGGAGGUUCUUCAUGAAGGACAGUGGGGCACAAAACACAACUGUUCCCAUGACAAUGACGUGGGAAUAAAAUGCUCAGGAUACACAGACUUCAGGCUAGUGAAUGGUCCUGAUUCCUGCUCUGGUCGAGUGGAGCUGCAGUACUUCACUGAGUGGGGAACAGUGUGUGAUGCAUCGUGGGACAUCAGAGCCUCCAACGUCCUCUGUCGACAGCUGAAUUGUGGGAGUGCCGUGGCUGUAGUGGGGGUGGACUGGUUUGGGGAGGGCAGUGACCCAAGGUUGAGCCUGUCUUCUUCAUGCGCUAAUUCAGGUCACAGGUCCCUCAGACUGGUGGGUUCUGGGAGUGAGUGUGCAGGGCGUCUGGAGGUUUUCCACAAAGGCUCAUGGGGAACAGUGUGUGAUGACUCCUGGGAUAUGAAGGAUGCCCAGGUGGUGUGCAGACAGCUCCAGUGUGGAGAGGCCCUGAGUGGACCGGUUCCAGCCUGGUUUGGUCCUGGAACUGGACCCAUUUGGUUGGAUGAAGUGGAAUGCGUGGGGAACGAGACGUCCCUGUGGAGCUGUCCCUCAGAGGGAUGGGGCCGACAUGACUGUGGACACAAGGAGGACGUGGGAGUGCUGUGUUCAGAGUUUAAAGAGAUCAGACUGACUGAAGGCUGCUCUGGGAACCUGGAGGUUUUUUACAAUGGAACCUGGGGUAAUAUCUGCUAUAACCAGAUGGACUCAGACACAGUGUCUUUAAUCUGUCAAGAGCUGAACUGUGGAAAGAGUGGCAGUGUGGACUCCAGCACACCAAGACUGGCUUCAGCUCCAAACUGGCUUGACAGUGUACAAUGCCGCAAACACGACAUCAGUCUGUGGAACUGUCCGUCUUCACCCUGGGGUCCAAAUGACUGUAAUUAUGAUGAAGUGGCAAACAUUACCUGUUCAGCCCUGUCUAAGAGGAAACGCAUGACUCUGCCUGAUGCCGUCUAUGAGGAGAUUGACCACAGAUUGCUCACUAAGAGAACCAGCAACACUGUUCAGAGAGGUCGCGCUCUCUCAGGGGGACAGAACUCUGGCUAUGAGAAUGUGGGGGAAGAAGAGCUCCUCUCAGAAACUUUGAAGGAGGAGAAAAUCGAGUAUUACGAUGAUGCGAAAACUACCAGUAAUCUGACAGAGGAGAUGCUGACACUGGACUCUCCAGAGAGCUACGUUGAUGUCAUCACUUCAGGGCAGAACCUAGACAGUGUGAUCGAGGAAAAUGUGACAGAGGCUCCACUAGAGGGCUAUGAUGAUGUCAUCACUGAAGGGAAGAAGUCUGGAGAGCUGGCUGGAACUGAGGUUUCAUUGGAGCUCUAUGAUGAUGUCAUCAUGUCAGGGCAGGAUCCAGGCAGUUUGACUGGAGAGUGA